UCGAUGUUCGACAACAUGCGGCACGGAAGAGGCCGGCGCAUAGAGCCGAACCAUCACGGCCUCCCAAGAGGCCACAAGUAGCACCGCCAAGCAAGCCGACGGCGGUGGGAGCGGAGCCCGGCUCUGAACGAGCGUCGGAUCGGGAGCCGAUCAUCGCACUGUCAAUGCCGACAGUGCCCACCGAAGUCCCGUCCGAGGAACGAUCGGCCAAGGGAGCAGCCUCACCCGAGGGACGGGUGGCCGAGGAGACAGUCGAGGAUGUGCCGGCCACUCAACCGGUGGAAGAAGUUCGGGCAGAGACGCGAGCCCGAUCAACCUGCAUCGGCGAUCGCUGUGCCCUCGGGAGGGACCCAGUCGGGCUCAAGUAUGCCCUCCCUUUCUGACGUCAGGGCCUGGGUGUCUGAACGAGGGAAGGCCCCGAUGGCGCCCGAUGACGACAGGAGGUCGGCCGGCCGUGGCACGUCGUCCGAUGCCCCACUUCUCGAAGGAGCGUUGGCCCUGGCCAACCACGACUUGGCUAGGAGGCUGUGCUAGGCGAUCAUCCUUCCGACCGACCAUGAGGUCAUGAAGAACCAGUGGGUAUCCGACAUGCUUUCCUCCUUCUACCCGACCAUGAUCCGGAUGAUUUAUAACAUGUCCAAGCUGGAGGCCGGAUAUCGGAGAUUCGGCGAUCUCCGAGCGGCCUGGAAAGAUAAGGCCAUGGCCGUCGAGGCCGACAAGGCGGUUAUGGUCGACCAGCUGAGGCAGUCGGUCGACUGGGAGGUGCGGCUUGAAGAGAAGAUCUCCCACCUCACCGAGGAGGUCUCCCGACUUAACGGCGCUCUGGCCGCUUCGGGGAUCGAGUUACAGUCGGCUCGCGAGGACGCCAAGCGGAAGUCCCAUACUGUUCGCCGGCUGCAUCGCGAGUGGGAUGACUCCGUCAAGGAACUCAAGGCCGAAUGCGAGCAGCUCUGGAUAAGUUUGGGAAAUCUCGCCAAGAUCGAAGAAAACUUAUCCUCCGCCCAGGCCGACGCAGACAUAGCGAGGGUGGAGGCAGAGUUGGCGAGAGAGGCCAUAGGUCGGGCUGUGGAGGACUUCUGCGGCUCCGAUGAAUACCGGGAAAAACUUCUGGAGAGCGGCUUUCUCUCAUACCGAGUAGGGUACGAGGAUGCUCGAGAAGCCAUCCGAAGCCUGUAUCCAGAGCUGGAUCUCGACAUCAUCAUCCCUCCAGAGUCGGAGGGCCAAGCCGCGGGAGAGGUGGCCGACCCGUCGUCGGGAGAUCGCACCACCGUGGAGGAGGCAAAAGAUGCAUCUCUUACUUUCAGUAAUGAAACUUAUACUGAAAAAGAGUGA